AUGCGCUCAUUCCGCAGCCUCCUACCACGGUCCUCCGCACCGCGCCGUCCCGUCGCGACCCUCCUCCCACCACGCCGCUCCCUCGCCACCACCGCCCGUCUCCUUGUCGAGAACAAGCAAGACAUUCAAAAGAAGCAGGACCCGAAAGAGGACGACCACCCGGGCACCAUCGCCGACCCCAUGGACGACGUCGUCGCGGGGGACGGGUCCGGCGCGCGCGGCCGCACCGGCGGCGGCGAGCCCCUGUCCAGCUCGUCGCCCAACGCGCCGCCCCGGCCCAAGGUCUUCAACUCGAGCGUCGCGGGCGGCGACGGGCUCGCCGACGAGCUGACGAGCGAGCAGAAGGAGGAGGUGCGCCGGCACAACGAGCACUUUGAGAAGAAGCACGACCGCGGGAUGCGCGCGCCAGACGACAAGGUGGACCAGAAGUUUUGGAACGGGGACGGCAAUGGCAAUGGGAAAGGCAACGGAUCGUCCAAAGGCAAGGACUCGUAA